AUGAAGACACUCGUACUCCUUUCCCUCGCCGCCACGAUCCUCGCCACCGCCCUGCCGGUCCCUGACACCCCCCUAGAAAAUCUCGCCCAGCAACAACCAAAAGGAGGCCUUUCCAAAGAGCCAGGCUACAGCGGAGGUCAGCACACGGGCUGGCCGGGGGGACACCCAUGCCAGCAUGCUGAGCAGUGUGCUACAGGCAAUUGCUGUAACAACGCGAUUGAGGGGUCGGUGAGGAAAUGCAUUGAAAAGUAUGCAACUGGGUGCCCACCAGUUUAA